UACAAAAUGUUCCUGUUUCUACUACUCGCAAUCCUUUAUAUACGCACCUCCUAUGGUGGCAGUGUUAAGGUCAUCGACCAUGAUGGCGAAUGUCUUAUGUGGUCGGAUGAUAACCAUGGCUGCACGGGGUACUCGGAGCCUUUCGCUCUCCUUGACGGUGAUGACUGUUCACGACUGAGCAAGGUUAUAAAGGAUAAGCGCGAAUAUUUCAAUAAAAUUCGUGUUAAUAUCUGCGGCACUGAAAACGGUCUACCAGUCGCAUGGAUAGAGCUGGAUCAGAGUGGUCUUGUCGUCUUCAUGAAUCAGAAUGGAGAUCACAGCGUUUGUAUACUGGAAGAUGGAUUUAAUGUUAGGAGCUCAUGCCCCGCCGCCUCG